UGUGGAGCUAGAAAUGGGGAAAUCCUCCAAGCAGGCAGGUGUAAAGCUGGUGGAUGAAAUUAUAAAGAGGAUCGAAGCACCGCCCUAUUCUCUUCACAUGUAUAUGACGGUUCAGGAAGAAAGAGUCAGACGUGAAGUGGAGGAGGAGUAUAAAGAAGAGCUGAACAAAAAGGAGAAAGAAAUCCAGGAUUUAAAGACAAAGCUUCAGCAAGGUGAUGAAGAGGAAGCACAGGUUUCCAGCUGCUUAAGAAUUGUGCUGAUUGGAAAGACUGGAAAUGGAAAGAGUGCAACAGGAAACACCAUCCUGGGAAGAAAUGAAUUUGUUACUGAAACCAGUAUGAAUUCUGUGACAAGAGUCUGCCAGAAAGGAGUUGGUGAAGUACUGGGAAGGUCAGUUGCUGUAAUUGACACUCCUGGUCUCUUUAAUGCCUCAAUGUCGGUGGAAGAAGUACAUCAAGAAAUUGUGAAGUGCAUCUCAAUGUCAGCACCUGGACCCCACGCUUUCAUCAUAGUACUGCGUGUGGGAAGAGUCAGUAAGGAAGAUGUGGAAAUGUUAGACACAAUAAAAACGCUCUUUGGUCCAAAGGCUGCAAUGUUCAGUAUAGUGCUGUUCACUAGAGGAGAUGACCUGGAAGAUCAGACACUAAACGAGUAUGUAGAGACCUGUACCAUCGAGCCAGUCAGGAAGAUGCUCAGAGACUGUGGAGACAGAUUCAUGGUGUUUAAUAACAGAGAAAAACAAGACCGCACCCAGGUUUCUGAGCUUCUCACAUUGAUUGAAGAGAUGAUUGAUUUAAACAUAUCAAGUCGGUUCUUUACAAACAGCAUGUUCCAAGAAGCAGAAAUGUCCAUUAAAAGAAGAUUUGAAGAAAUUCUGAAAGAGAAAGAGAUUAUAGCUAAAAUGAAAACCAAAUAUAACCAGGCGAUGGAACAGAUGAAGAAAAGGCUGGAGGAGCAAAAACAAAAGGCUCAAGAAGACAGACAGCAAAUACAGAGAUAUUUCCUGAAAAAGCCUUGGACUUUUUCCCCCAAGUAGGCCCACUGACCCUCUGGGGCUACUGUUGACUAUAUCUACAGUAUGUGAUUGGGUGGUAACCCUUCACAUUGUGCACUAGCAAAUGUCCAGGAAAGAGUGAUUGUUUAUUUGUUUAUUAGUGCAAUUCUAGUUGGAAUGCAAAACUAAUCAGCCAAUGUUGGUUAAUUACAGCAAUUGAUGUAGACAAGAAGAAUGAGGACAAGGAAUUGAAAAGAUAGAAUCAAGAACUCAAAAAGAUCCAGUUUUACCAUGGGGAGGUUUUCCCUAAAUCUUAUCAUAUAUAUAGUGGCUUGCAAACGUUUCCAUACCCUUUUAACUUUUCCAUAUUUUGUCACAUUACAACCACAAACAUAAAUAUAUUUAAUUGGAAUUGAAUGUGAAAGACCAACACAAAGUGGUUUACAAUUGUGAAAGAAAAAUGAUGCAUGAUUCAAAACAUUUUUUUACAAUUAAAAAACUGAGAAGUGUCUUUUCACAUCUAGAGACUGAAAUUUUUGCCCAUUUCCCAUUGCAAAACAGCUCAAGCUCCACCAGGUUGUAUAAAGAGUGUCUGUGAACAGCAGUUUUUAUGUCCUGCCACAAGUUCUUGAUUGGGUUUAGGUCUGGACUCUGGGCCAAAACAUGAAAAAACAUGAAUAUGUUUUAAACCAUUUCAUUGUAGCUCUGGCUUUAUGUUAGGGUCAUUGUCUUGCUAGAAGGUGAACCUCCACCCCAAUCUCAAGUCUUUUACAGACUCCAACAGGUUUUCUUCCAAGAUUGCCCUGUAUUUUUUCCCAUCCAUCUUCCCAUCAACUUCGCUGUCUUUGCUGAAAAGAAGCAGCCCAAGAGCAUGAUGAUGCUGCCACCACCAUGUUUCACAGGGGAUGGUGUGUUCAGAGUAAUGUGCAGUGUUAAUUCUCUGCCACACAAACAUUUUAAAUUUGGUCUCAUCUGACCAAAGCACCUUGUUCCAUACGUUAGCUGUGUCCCCAAACACGGCUUCUGGCUACAAACUGCAAAUCGGACUUUAUAUUUUAUAUUUUUCUUUUAACAGUGGCUUUCUUUUUGCCACUUUUCCAUGAAGAUCACAUUUGUGCAAUGCACGACUAAUAGUUGUCCUGUGGACAGAUUCCCCCACCUGAGCUGUGAGGAGCGUGAGAGGAACCGCAUGGCGCGCAGAGCGGUGUGAGCGCGUCUCAGAGCGGCAAUUUCAAACGCUGUUUUUUGAAGCGAUUAUGUACGUGUGUGCGACUGACUGACUUACUGACUAAGUGGGUGUGUUGGUGGCCCAGUUAGCAUAUACAUAUGUAAAGAACUGUAUGCUUAUAUAAAAAAAUAAAAAAAUAAAAUAUGUGAGAGGGAAAUAAUUUGUAUAUUUAGUUCAUUAUAAGUCAGUGUUUAUUUUAUAGUUUAAAAAUCGUAGUUAAAAUAUUAAAGUUAAAAUGUGAGGUGAUAUAAUGUAAAACACACACACACACACACACACACACACACACUCAGAGCGAGACCUGCAGACACACACGGAGGGAGUUGGGAGAAAAAGAGUGUUAGCUGCCUGUUGCUGAUGUUACUAUGCAGAGCCGUACGGUGUGAAAUAAACAGAGUUUUUUUUCAA